AGCAUCCGCAUCAAAGGAUGAAAUCAUUCUGUUAUGUUAUAAGAGUUGCAGUUAUGUAAUCUGCUACUUAAAGUGAUCGAGUUUAUCAAAAAGCGUCGAAAACGACUUCUGAAAGUAAUUCAAAGCACAUUAUUUCAGUAAUUAUGAGUCCAGUAAAUCUGAUAAAAACUUGCAUUAGCCCAUUAUAAUAAAAUACUUUAUGGAAAAAAAUACAUAUUAGCUUAUAAUAUACGGGCAUGGCAACCCAGACUCCAGUAGAGCAUAUCGUGCCAUCUAGUGGCCAGCGUGUGUCUGUGUCACAUCAACAUAACACAUUUCAAACAAUGCUCUUCGCAUUUGAUUUUCUGAAAUAACAUUUAAUUAUGCUUGAUUAUGAAUCGCGUACGAUUUUAUUUAAUUAAAAAUCAUCAAAACAAACGUGUAUACAUGUAUGCUAUGAAUCUGGCUCCUUCGGCGAAUGUUAUUUAUGGUUGUCUUGGUUACACGGUGCAACCGACUUCGGGAGCGGAAAAGAAUGAAGAACUGACGUUAGACUGACUCGGUGUUUUCAGGAUGUCGUCAAAGAAGAGAAGCGAGUCAAAGAGCCAGCAGGACGCAGAUGUCUCGGCGGAGAGCGAUGGACAGGAUGAGAGACAGAGGCUGUUACACAGAGAAUAUGAGACCCUAACUGAAAACCUAUGCACGCUGAAGAGGAGAGUUGAACAAAAACGAAAAGAAAAUGAAUUUCUUCAGAUUGAGAUAGCUCAGAGCCGCAUUGAAAGUAAAGAGUACAUGUCAUAUAUGUCUAAAAGAGCAGAGAAGAGGCAGAAUGCAAUAUUGAAUUUAAAUGAUCAGAGUCACAAGGAACUUGAGGAGCUCCAGAGACAGAGACAGAACAUGCAGGACAAACAUGAGGAGCAGAGCAGUGAGCUGCAGAUGGAAAUCCUGCAGAUGGAAAAUCAGCUGGCUCUGCUAAAUAGUGAAAUUGCAGACAUGAAAGAGGUUAAGACUCUAAAAGAGCAGCAGUCAUGUCGUAUCACUGAGCUGGAGCGGGAGUUGUCUACCAUGCAGUGUCAUCAUUCAGAGUCUCUGGUGGCUCUCAAGGCGGACUUCAUUAAAAAGAAGAAGAGCUGUGAGCAACAGGCAGAAGACACUGUGCAUGCUCUCACUAUAUCAGCCAGUAAGGAGGCAUCUCACUCCCUGAUGUCCUAUAUAAAUAAAGUGUUUCAGGAGAAAAAAAGCCUGCAUGAGGAGUAUAAAUUCCUUUUCCAGAGAGCUCUAGCUCUACAAAAACAGCAGGACGCUCUGCAGACUCAUCGACAGCAACUGCUGCUGGAGCAAAAGUGUAUGCAGAAGAUUCAUGCCCAGCGUAUUUCCCUACAUUCAAAAUACGCAACACCAGCCGGUGCAAACAAUACUGAACACCCCUAGAGGGACCAUCAGUAAGAACUGGAGACAGUUCAGUUACAACAGUUGCUUUCAAUAAACAUAUGAAGAUUACUGUAUGACUCAAGAGAAGUAUUUGCUGAAGUGAGAAAAAACUUUGCUUAUUGACCUCUUUACUAUCUCAGCAGGUCAAAAUACUGAAAAAGCAAAGACUGGUCCAAUAUUUUGAAAAUGAAUAUGUCAGAAAUUCAUAUAGAAAAAGGUGUUUCAAUAGGCAACAGUUCUGUUGGUGCUUUUUUCUCAAAUCUUGUUAAAUUCCUCAAAUUGUAUACCAUACGAUUUAUUACAUAGUAACUAAAACAGUUCAAGCAUUUUUCUAAUUUUCUUUUUUUUCUGUUAUGCUAAAGAAAGUCAUACAGGUUUGGAUCAAGAGAGGUUGAAUAAAUUAUUGCAGAAUUGUAUUUUAUUGGUACAUUUUCUAUUUGCUGGCUUGAAUAAACCUCACCUAAAGAUGAAUAUAAGUGCUCCGAAACUGAAAAUAUAAGUAGCAUAUAGAUUUAUCAGUCAUAAAGUAGUAGCAAAGCAUUACUGAUCUAUUUGCAUUAACAAAGAUUUAUUGCACAAACCAAGUGACAUUUUAA